GAGGGAUAAAACAUCACAAACAGAUUAGCCAAUAGAAAAACAGGACAACCAGAGCAAGUGGAACGAAGAGAGGGAGGAAGACGUGUGGAUUAGUGUGAAGGAGAGAAAAAACACUCUGAAGUUUCACUUUGGAAGGAUCAAAGAAUGAUGAUUUUGCUACAAGCCAGUUCGAGGAUGAACAAAUAAUCUGGAUAUUUGUUAUUGGUGUUUUGUUUUAUACAAAACCAGCUGUUUUUUUAUUUCACAGGAUCUUUAAGUCUCUUGUUGUUUACCUGUUUGGGCUGGCACAGCUUAACUGUUGCCCUGGACCUGUUGAGGAAAACACACAGCCGGAGGAGGGGCAGCAGGAGGAGACGGGCCGCCGCCAGGUCGAGCAGGAAGCUUGAGCACAGGCUCCGCGGCGUGAUGAGGACGGCCAGGCGCGCCAGCAAUGUGGAGGUGCCGUCCUUCCUCCGGCAGCUGGUCAAAGAGACGGAGAAGAUGGUCACAUUCUUUUUCAAAGGAGGAUCCAGAGACUCGGGGUCUGCGGACGACGACAACUUAGAUGACGACGCAAUGCCGAGCCCCUACCUGCAGCGUCCCAACUUGGAGAAGAACGUGUCAGAGGGAGGAUCCCAAGCGGGGCUGAACUAUGCUGUGGCCAGCAUGCAAGGAUGGAGGGCUCAGAUGGAGGACGCCCACACCUGCAUGCCCCAGCUGAGGGGAGAUCUGGAGGACUGGGCUUACUUUGCUGUUUUUGAUGGACACGCAGGCAUCACCGUGGCACAAUACUGCUCCAGAAACCUCCUGGACCACGUCCUGGCAACAGGUGGGAUCAAAUCAAACGAGGAGCCCGAGCAGGUGAAGGAUGGGAUCCGUGAAGGCUUCCUCGACAUUGACCGUCAUAUGCACAAACUGUCCCGCCAGGACAACUGGGACAGAAGCGGCUCCACAGCAGCAGGCGUCAUGAUCUCGCCGCGCUACAUUUACUUCAUAAACUGCGGGGACUCGCGUACCUUCCUCUGCCAUAACGGGCAGGUGGCGUUCUACACCGAGGACCACAAGCCGUCCAACCCCAGGGAGAAGGAGAGGAUCCAGAACGCAGGAGGAUCGGUGACCCUGCAAAGAAUCAACGGAUCUCUGGCCGUUUCAAGGGCGCUGGGAGACUUUGACUUCAAGGAGGUGGACUGGAGGCCGCAGACGGAGCAGCUGGUGUCACCGGAGCCAGAGGUGUAUGAGAUGGAGAGGACGCCUGAAGACGAGUUCCUCAUUCUGGCAUGCGAUGGGGUGUGGGACGCCGUUGGGAAUGAGGAACUUUGCGCCUUUGUGCGCAGCCGUCUGCAGGUGUGCGACGACCUGAGAGAGAUUUGCGCACAAGUGAUUGACCUCUGCCUGUAUAAGGGCAGCCUGGAUAACAUCAGCAUCAUCAUCGUGUGCUUCCCUGGCGCCCCCCAGGUGUCUCAGGAGGCGCUGCAGCAGGAGGCAGAGCUGGAGCAACAGAUCGAUAUGAAAGUGGAAGAAAUCAUCCAGAUGAUGAGAUCCAGAGAUGAAGACCCUGACCUCCUCUAUGUCAUCAAGUUCCUUGCAGCAGAAGAGAUCCCAGGCCUCCCCCCAGGAGGAGGCAUCACUAGCAAGCGAGACUGCAUCAUCUCUGCAUAUCAGAAACACGUUAUGCCCCCCAGGACUCAGGAGCCUAUGGACAUUGAAGGAUCAGAAGAGGAUUCAUGAUAACAGUCAACACCAUGUUCACCAUCUCCAUGGAGACCAAGAUGCUUGAACAAGAAGCUUUCCAUUUUAGAUGAGCAAUAAACUGAGAGGAUGAUUCUUUAAGUGUAUCAUGUAUGGCCUCAGGUAUUUGCUUUUUGGUCCAUUAAAGUUAAGUUAAAUCAA